AAUAUUACUCGCUGUAAAUAACAUUCGAACUUGUCAAGUUAACAGACGAAUGAAAAGACGUCGUAGAAAGACCAGCCGAAGUUCGACUCUUCUUCGAUUCGAAAUUUUCGAGCGAGAUUUUGACGGUCCGCUUCAUUUGUGUGCAAACUUCUGAAGCAUAAGGAUGAAUAAUUUACCGGAUAACUCAGGACAUUCACGUGGACGUGGGCGUGGUAUUAAGCUUAAGGAGGAAUUGAAUCGAGGACAGGGAUCCAAGUUGGGUCAACCAAUACAACAGCCAUUGCGCAGUACGUCAGGAUCGAGUGGUCAAUAUGAUCCAAUGAAAAAAACAAGUCACUAUUCAAUGGAAGGUGCCGAGGGCGAUGCUCGUGGCUCGGUUCGCGGACGUCGCAUACUUUCCGACGUAGUUCGCUCUCGACCAUCUGGACUGAUAACCAAAGCUGGAUUUACAGGCCGAAAAAUAACUGUACAAUCGAAUUACUAUAAGGUGCAAAAGCCUCCCAACUGGACCAUCUAUCAGUACCGCGUAGACUUUGAUCCGGAUGUGGAUAAUACCAGACUACGUCGUGGCCUGUUGAGUGAGCAUCGCCAACUUCUUGGCGGCUACAUAUUUGAUGGAACGGUUUUAUUUUGCACCACCAAGUUUAAGGAAAUAGCAAACUCACCAAAUGUUUUGGAGCUUCUGACUAAAAGUCGUGCCGGCGAAAAUAUACAGAUAAAGAUAAAAAGUGUGGGAACUGUAGAAGCAGCAGACAAUCAACAAUUUCAAGUCCUUAAUCUGAUCCUGCGACGUGCUUUGGAGGGGCUACAGCUACAACUGGUAUCGCGUAACUUUUUUGAUCCUCAAGCAAAGGUUAUCUUGGAUAGAUUUCGCGUCGAGCUAUGGCCCGGCUAUACGACAUCGAUUCGACAGCACGAAUCAGACAUUCUCUUAUGUACAGAGAUUGCCCACAAGGUGAUGAGAACCGAUAGUUUAUAUCACGUUCUCUCAAAGGUCAUUCGCGAAAGCGACGACUAUCAAGCGGCCUUCAAGCGUGAAGUAAUUGGUGUGAUUGUAUUAACCGAUUACAAUAAUAAAACAUACCGUGUGGAUGAUGUGGACUUUGCCGCCUCGCCCAUGUCCACAUUCAAUACCAAGGAUGGGGAUAUUAGCUAUGUAGAAUACUAUAAGAAGCGCUAUAACAUCACAAUUCGCGAUCAUAAGCAACCGCUGCUGGUGUCUCGUCCCACGGAGAAGAAUAUUCGUGGGGGUGUUAGUCAAUUAAUUAUGUUGAUCCCGGAGUUGGCACGCGCAACGGGACUGACCGAAGAUAUGCGCUCAAACUUUCAAUUAAUGAAAGCCAUGGGGGAGCAUACUAGGCUCACACCCAAUCGUCGCAUUGAUCGCCUACGUGUCUUUAAUCAACGCUUGCAGGAGUCCAAGCUGAGCGUCGAAGUGAUGAAUUCCUGGCACAUUAAAUUAGAUAAGUCUCUGGUUGAGAUACCCGGACGCGUUUUGCCUCCAGAAAAAAUUGUGUUUGGCAACCAGAAGCGUUUUUUGUGUGAUGCACGCGCUGAUUGGACAUUCGAGUUUCGCAAUAGUUCUAUGUUCAGUCACGUGGACGUCAGGCGAUGGUAUGUUAUAACACCACGUCGUAAUAUUCGGGAAACUCAGGAAUUUGUGAAACUGUGCGUACGUGCAGCAUCCGGAAUGAGAAUGCACAUUUCCGAACCAAGAUACGAUGAAAUGCCAGAUGAUCGUAAUGGCAACUAUUCACAAUCGAUUGAUAAUGCCGUCGCUCAAGAUCCACAAAUUAUUAUGCUGGUUAUGAAGUCAAACAACGAGGAGAAGUAUAGCUGUAUCAAGAAACGCACUUGUGUGGAUCGUCCGGUACCAUCGCAAGUGGUUACACUUCGCACGAUUGCUCCACGCCCUGAAAAGUCAAGUGGUCUAAUGUCGAUUGCAACGAAAGUUGUUAUUCAAAUGAAUGCCAAGCUUAUGGGUGCUCCUUGGAUGAUCGAACUGCCGCUGCGUGGCUUAAUGACGGUUGGCUUCGAUGUGUGUCACUCAUCAAAAAAUAAAAACCAAUCCUAUGGCGCCCUGGUGGCUACAAUGGAUAUGAAGUCAUCUACGCGCUAUUACUCUUCGGUUACAGAGCAUAUGAAGGGCCAAGAACUGUCUGAUCAGAUGUCCUUGAAAAUGACUUGUGCACUAAAAGCAUAUCGCGAGCAUCAUGGCUCAUUACCUGAGCGCAUCUUAUUCUUCCGUGAUGGCGUUGGCGACGGUCAGCUUUAUCAAGUGGUCAACACUGAGGUAAAAUUUCUCAAGGAUCAACUAGAUAAAAUCUACAAAUCGGCGGGCAAAGUGGAAGGUUGUCGUAUGGCGUUCAUAGUAGUCGCAAAACGGAUCAACACCCGCUACUUUGUCAAUAUGCGCAAUCCGGACCCCGGCACAAUUGUGGACGAUAUUAUUACAUUACCCGAACGCUAUGAUUUCUUUCUGGUUUCACAGGCUGUGCGUCAGGGCACAGUCUCUCCAACUAGCUAUAAUGUCAUCCACGACAACAUGGGCUUGACUGCGGACAAACUGCAGAUGCUGUCAUAUAAGAUGACCCACAUGUACUACAAUUGGUCUGGCACUUGUCGUGUACCCUCCGUCUGCCAAUAUGCUCAUAAGCUGGCUUUUCUCGUUGCUGAAAGUAUUCACCGAUCUCCCUCGUCUGGACUGGAGAAUCAACUAUACUUCUUAUAAUAUACUUAUGCUAUAAAUACAUAUACGUAUCUGAAGCGCCUUGGUGAAGUCAUGUGAAACUACACAGUUGAAAGUGAUUUUUUUAGUUUUUAAAACACAUUAAUCUCACACAUGGAUUAUUCAUGUUAUAUUGUAUGUAUUAUGAAAGUGGUAAAUUCUAAUAAUAAACAGACGAAAGGGAGUAUGACUGGAUAAUUACUUCACUCAACUGGACUUGACUAAAUGAAUUUCUAAUUUACUUGUAUCUGUUUGGAAAUAAAGAAUUG